GCGCCCAAAAGCGACAAACCAGAUGAAAGAUGGGUGGUCGGUGCACCUAACCUAUAUCAACUUUGCAUUGCAUCAGCUGCUUUAGGUUCAACAACAACAUGAGCUUGCCAACGGAUUUUGGGCCGGAUUCCGGGGGGCGCAUCAAGGGGGUGUGCAUCGUGAAACCGAUCGUCUACGGCAACAUAGCACGCUACUUUGGCAAGAAACGCGAGGAGGACGGCCACACGCACCAAUGGACCGUCUACGUGAAGCCCUACUACAACGAGGACAUGUCGGGGUACGUGAAAAAGGUGCACUUCAAGCUGCACGAGAGCUACGCGAACCAGAACCGCAUCGUGGUGAAGCCCCCGUACGAAAUCACCGAGACGGGCUGGGGCGAGUUCGAGAUCGUCAUCAAGAUCCACUUCCACGACCCGAACGAGCGCCCCGUCACCAUGUACCACAUUCUGAAGCUGUUCCAUUCGGGGGGCACGCAGGACCUGGGCGCCGAACAGGGCAAGGGCCUGGUCGCUGAGAGCUACGACGAAAUCGUCUUCCAGGACCCCACGCAGCUGAUGCAGCACCUGCUGGUCAACACGCGCCAGUUGACACUGGGCCGCUGGGAGCACCACAGUAAAUUUGAGGAGAAGAAGCAGCAGACGCUUAGGAACAUUAUGGAGGCCAGGCAGAAGGUGCGAUCGGAGAUAGCGGCGAAUAAAAGCAAGCUGCAGCUGGCCAAGGAGACGAUCCAGCAGUUCAAGGAGGAGAUCGCCAAGUGCCAAUAGAAUAGUGUGUAUAUUUGUAAUUAUCAGUAAAUUGGUAGCGAGACUA